AUGGCCCCCCUGGUCCCCGUCCUCUCCCCGGCCGACCUACCCGACCGCAUCCAAUUCGUCCAGAGCGGCUUCAGAGAAAAAAGGCGCAAAGGCGGCGCGAUCGACCUCGAAAAAUGCCACUUGAUGGAGCUUAUACAAUACUCGUGCAAUCCGCCAGAAGAAGGGAUACAGGCACCUGGUGUCGUCAAAUGUAAGCCUAUUGUGAGGCUUUUCCGGAAGUGCGCUGGCGGACUUACAGUCGAGACGACGAGUUGGGAAUCGAAAAAAUCACACGAUGAGUCGAAAACGACCGAAAUAUACAAGACGAUGAAUUUGUGA